UUCUUGCUCUCUUUCUCGCCAAACGGAACUCCUACUCUUUGAGGCACCAACAAAAAAAAUUGACGAAAAAUUGGGAAAGAGCGCCAGUAAAAUCAAAUCGGAAGGGAGAAUUCUGGAAGCCUAACCGGACUCCGCAUCCCCACUCCGGCGCCUCAUGCCUCCUGCCUCUCUCGCCGCCGCCGCCACGAAGUCUGGACCCGCUUCCGCUCCAGCAACCGGCGGCGCUGCCGCCCCUGGAACUAGACGCAACGGAGGCGCCCUCUGACCGCCGGUGGUGGGUGGGCGGGAGGGUCAGCGAUGCCGCCGGCCCGUAAGAAGCGCGGCGCAGCCGCGGCCGCGGCCGCGGCCGCAGCUGCCGCGGCGGCGCAGUGGAAGGUGGGCGACCUUGUGCUCGCUAAGAUGAAGGGCUUCCCGGCGUGGCCGGCCGUGAUAAGUGAACCACAGAAAUGGAACCUUCCUCCUCCUGCAUCCAAAAAGAAGUUGCUGGUCUACUUUUAUGGAACUAAACAAGUCGCCUUUUGUAGCUAUGCUGACCUUGAGGCAUUCACUGAAGAGAAGAAAAAAUCUCUACUUGUUAAGCGACAUGGGAAAGGGGCAGAUUUUGUCCGAGCAGUUAAUGAAAUAGUUGAGAUUUAUGAUUCUUUAAAGAAAGAGACUAAUAAUGAAAAUAAUAAGAGUGUUUUGACUGAAAAUAAUUUGAGGACGGAUGUCGAAAAUCAUGUCAAUAACAGUAGCAGUUUGGAUACUGGAGGUCUUGAGGAUGGUUCUGAUCUGGCCAAUGACAACAAGAUGGAGGAUUGUCCCACCUCUUCCACGGAUCACAACACUUCUCGGUCUAAUAUCAAUACAACGGUGGGUGAGCACUGUGUUGUGAAUUCUGCACAUGGUGACCCUACUGAAAAGUCACCACUCCUUCAUGAGAGUAGACAUUCUCCUUUGCAUGCCAGUUCAUGUUCAAAGAAGAGUCAAGAAGAUCCGCAGCAACAAGAUUCUUGCACAAAUGGUAAUUUUGCAUUGGCAUGGAGAUCAGGAAGUUCAUUAGGUGCUGAAUUAAUAACAAGUCAGGACUCUGAUGGCCUGAUGGAUGGUACCAAUCAACUUUCUGUUGAUUUGGUUCCUGGUGACAAGCAGGAAGUUUCUGCUCGGCAUAAGUGCAUUGACGAUGACAAACCUAGCCUGUGUUCCCCUUCUGCGACAAAGGAAGCUGUCUUGUCACAUUCAAGUCAAGGAACCGGCAGUCAACUUGCACCCUCUGGUUCCAGUAAUGAUGAUAAACCGAGUACUGCAAAAGAUAAUGUACAAUGUACUUGUAGUAAUGAGGUAUCCCAAAAUGGAGUCAGGGAUAAAGAAGUCAAACUGAAUGGAAUGGUUGAUCUUCCCAUUAACACAACCCGAACUUUUAGAAGAAAAAGAAGGCAAAACACUACUCGUGCUAAUUAUUCUGUCAGUAGUGAGGUAUCAAAUAUGGAUAGGGAAUUGCAGCCUAAGUCAAAAGAAGAUACUGUAUGUUCUCCAAAUUCAAGGAAUGAAAUUAACAAAUCAGAUGGGGAUGAGCACUUGCCGUUGGUCAAAAGGGCAAGAGUACGAAUGGAAAGACCUACACUGGAGGAUGCCACAGCGGAUGAACCUGAUCAUUCUUCUGACAAAACAGAGCCAGCUAAACAUGAAGAUCCAUGUUAUAAGCAUACAAUUUCUGCAAUAUCUGGAAAGGAUCGAUCAGCCGGCGGCUUACCUCCUAGUGUAGAUGCUUCACCCGACAUAAACCUCUCUCUGCCAUCAGGAGAAGUUGUGAAUUCUUGUAAUAAUAAUAAUGAACUCCAACCAAAGGUUUUGACAUUGGAUGUAGAAGCUGCUUUGCCUCCAUCAAAACGCCUUCAUCGUGCCUUAGAAGCUAUGUCUGCUAAUACAUCUCAAGCUUUUAGUAAUCUGCCUGAAGCUGCAAAGUCAAAUGAAGUUAGUCUGAAAGGCUGCACUGCUUCAACAGAAAGGUCCCCUCUUAACAACUCUGCAGAUGCACUUGUUAAAAGUCCAAAAUCUGCAAUGGCUAAAAGCCCGAAGGUGUCUUGGAGUGCACAUUCUUCAGAUGCCCCAACUGACCAAAAGCAUAUCACACAAGUUGCCAUGUUGAACAAGGAUGCCCUCUCUCCUGUUUCUUUGGAUUUGAGAAAUGAUGAUCUCGGUGACAAUAUACAAAAAGACAGAGUUUCUGAAGAAGCCUGCAUGGACAGUGAAAAUGUACCUAAUUUGGUUGUUCAUACUGGGAUUGAUAGCGAUAAGUGUGAAAAAACUCCAACCCGUUCCAUGAAAUUGGAAGAGCCAGCCCUUGUAUCUAAGUUGGAUCAACCACCUUCACACAAACCAAGUGGAAAUGAGCCUAGGGAAUCAGUUGAAGGCUCUAAAAAUGCUUUCAGCAUAACUAUCGGUGUAUCUGCUGAGCCAAUUAGCCAAGCAAAUGCUGUUGUCUCAUAUACUAAUGGCACUUGCGAUCCUGUGCUGCAUGAUGACACUGUUUUAGCUGAAUCAACAGUUAGUAUUUGUGACACAAGUGCCACUUGUUUGGUUUCUAAAGUUUCAUGUAUUCAUUCUGACACAAGCACCAGGACAUUUGAAGCGCAUAGUUCUUCAUCAAUUGCACCAGGAGACCUCGACCAUGGAUUAAACCUGAAAGAUAAGAGCAUAUCUCCAGAUUCAGUGCCUACAAAAGAACUAGUUGCUGAUGGACAUGCCCGUGGAUUUUCUCAGUCAAAUUCAUUCAUGCACAGUUCUCUAGAUUCAAAAUUUAUUUCUGAACCUUUGUUGAAUAUACCUUCACUGAAGGAAGGAUCAAGUGACCGGUGUUCACCUUCAAAUCAUACAAUAAGGUCUGCAUCAGAGAGGGUUCAUACUGAAGAAGAUAGUGGUACAAUUCCUUUUGAUAAUCUUCAACCGAAGGGCUUGAACAAAUUAGCAGGUCGUCAUGAAGCCAAUUCAUCACGGAGAGCGUUUGAAGCUUUUGUUGGUACACUAACACGAACAAAGGAAAGUAUAUCUCGUGCAACACGUCUUGCACUGGACUGUGCCAAGCAUGGCAUUGCUGGUGAGGUAAUGGAUAUCAUUAUUGAACACCUGGAAAAGGAAACUAAUUUAUAUAAAAGGGUCGAUUUGUUCUUCCUUGUCGAUUCAAUAAUCCGGUACUGUCGCAAUCAGAAAGGUGGGCCUGGUGAUGCCUAUCCUUCUCUUAUCCAGGCAGUCUUACCACGAAUUAUAUAUGCUUCUGCACCACCUGGAAAUUCUGCUUGGGAGAAUAGGAGGCAAUGUCUUAAGGUUUUGAGGCUCUGGCUUGAGAGAAAAACCCUUUCAGAAUACAUCAUUCGCCACCAUAUUAAAGAGCUUGAAGUUCUUAAUGAGGCAUCAUUUGGAAGCUCUCACCGUCCUUCAGGUACAGAGAGAGCUCUGAAUGACCCUUUGCGGGAUAAUGAGGCAUUUCUUGUUGAUGAGUAUGGAAGCAAUGCUGGUUUUCAUCUUCAAAAUUUAAUUUGCACGAAACUACUUGAAGAUGAGGAUGGAAGGUCCUCUGAGGAGAGGAGCUUUGAAGGUCUUACUCCUGAACACGAAGUUACUGGCGCUAGUGAGCAAGAGGCGUCCCAAUUGCAUAUGACAAAGCAUCAACUCAUCUUGGAAGAAGUGGAUGGUGAACUUGAGAUGGAGGAUGCAGCCCCGUCAACUGGAGCUGAAGCCAGCUCCACAUGCCAAGAAGAUCUAACUAAUAACUCUAGCUGCACAAGAACUUCUCAACAGCUCAGUUCCAUUCCACCCCUACCUGAUGACAAAGCCCCAUCUCCUCCCCCAUUGCCAUCAUCACCGCCACCUCAACCGCGCCCACCCUGUCCUGUCUCUCAAGGUUCACAGGUGCAAGGAGCAUUGCUUGUGGCAGCUGAUUGUGUAGAGCAGCAGCAUCCAGGAGCCAACUAUAAUGUUGAAGGCCAACACCCUUAUUCUGUUGCAAACAGCCGAGGCAACAUGGGUGCAUGUGUAGCUUCUUCACAGCCUCCAGUACACUACAAUUCUGGAUAUGCAGGGCAUACUAAUCAGAUAUUUCCACCGCCACCGCCUCCGCCGCCACAGCCUACUGCAGCAUUCCAUCCUUCUGGACCCCAUGGCAGCUUAUGUGGGCCCUCAGUACCACAUCAUGUAAAUAAUUAUCACCAACCACCAUCAGCACCGCUACCUAAUAGCGCAUACCAUAUACAUCCACCACCGCAUCCACCAGGUCCGAAUCAGUUCCCAUACCCACCUGAACCAGAACAGAGAACACAAGCGUGGAAUUAUGGUCCUCCUUAUCCUGAGAGUUGUCAGUAUGGUGGUCAUGACAGAGGACACCAUGGAUACAAUAGGGGACCUCAUUUUGAUGAUAGAGGGCAUCACUUUGAUGAUAGGGGUCAUCGCUUUGACGGUGGAGGGCAUUACUUUGAUGAUGGGAUGCAUCGCUUCGAUGAUAGAUGGCACCACUUUCAUGAUAGGGGGCAAAUGCACCAUGAAGUUAUGGAUGGUGGAAGGUUUCCUCCAUUCUUUCCACCAGGUCCCCCAUUUCCAGAUCACUUUGAAGCGCCACCCAACCAAUUUCAUUGUGGACGACCACUGGAGCCUCCACCAGGUCCAUGUUCUGGGUGGUCUAUGCCUCAUAGGAGAUCCAAGUACCCUCCUGAUUCCAGACAGACGAUGGAGGCGCCCGUUUCCAAUGGAGGUUGGAGGCGGCAUGGAAGGCGCGAUUAUGAUAGAUUUAAUUGAUGAAUGGUAUUUGAACUACUGUUCUUACAUGUUACCUUUACAAAGUUAGAUGAUUAUUUUGGGAUAAGUGCUUGCUUGGUUAUCAAGGAUGGGUACUUUCUGACAAUAUUUAACGGCUUUACUUUUCAUUGGCGAAUCGUGAAGCAUUCAUCGCUGUCUCCAUUCGCUGGUUUGCUUAACGUGAAAUAUCCUGAAAUAAGAAUGGGACCCAACCUCACUGUACAUAUGUAGUUGUAACAGUGUUCAGCAAAUGCAGAAACGGAGCUAGGCCAAUCCUGUGAAGAGUGAUCCAUAGAUUUUGUUGUUAACCCAACACUUCAUCUUGUUGAAGUCUAUUUCGUUCAUGUAACCCUAUUUCUAUGCAACUCUUUUCUAAGAUUAACUUAGUUUGUAGUUUGACAGCAGAGCAUGGCCAAAAUUCAAAUGAUUUUGAACUUGUAAACUAUUGGGCAUCUCGUUUUGAUGCCACGUGUAUGGCUCAACACUCUUCUGCCGAAUGUGGCCGAGACGACACUCUCCCAAACAUUUUUCUUGUCUUUGGGUUAUGGGGUUGGGAAUAUACAAUGAGUUUGUACCAUUUCGUUGGAAUUGUGACUCGAGUCAUUUGAUUUGUAAGUAAGCAGCUGCCCGUAAGUGAUUAUUGGGCUUCACAUCGAAGGGACCUUCCAUUCGAACAUAA